AUGUUAUUGUCAACUUCGAAGCUAUCAACAUCAAAACUUCAAAGAUCAUAAUUGUCAAGUCCAUAAAGAUCAAACGUUAAUUAUUUGAGUCAAGAUCUUGAUUCACCAUCUAGAUAAAGAAUUAAACUUCUUUCUGAUAAAUGGAAUCACAUCUAGAAUGGAAUAGACAAGGAUAAAUUGGAGAAGAGGGAAGUUUUGGAGGAAAGAAUCAAAAUUAUUGAAGAUGUUUUAUCCUCUGAAAAACCAAAAGACGAGUAGAGAUUCAAAGUUUUGAAGGAUUCAGUCCUCAAAUUAUAAGAUUAUGCCCAUAACCAAAAGGGAGAAAGAGAAGCUUUCGAUGAUAAGAAAGAGAGGGACUUUAAAACUCUAUCGGACAAUAUAGCUUUAUCAUUUGAUUAGGAAAGGAAUAUUAGAGGGUAAGGAGAAACUAAAUUGCAAAAACAAAUUGAUGAGAGAUUCACUUAGAUCACAUUGACAAUAACUAGAAAUAGCCAUUAAUACGAAGACAGAAGUUAAGUUAAGAUUGCAGAAGUGCUUUAAUAAAUAUAAUUGGUUAAAAAUUAAUUGGAUUAAGAGAGAAGAUCUAGAGAAGAAUCAUCAGAGAGUUUGGGUGAUCAAAUUGAUUAAGAAAUCAAUAAGUUCUCAGAUCAAUUGUUGAUUGAGAAGAAAGUUAGAGAAGAGACUUAGGGAAAGAUCUUCAGAAUGAUAGAAGAUGUGCAUGGCAAAUUAUAAUAAGACAUCAACUUUGAGAGAAGGGAAAGAGAAAGUACCACUGAGGCACUGUUGAAACUAUUGGAAGAUGCUUGCAUCUAAAUUGAUAAGAAUUUUAGAUAUUGAUCAUAUGAUAUCAGUAUUAAUAUAAGAUUUUAUAAAUUCUAAUU